AUGGCGGCCGAGACGACCGAUCCGGCGCCACCGUCUCCUCCUCCGCCGGUGGCACCCGCUGCCGCGCCAAGCCGUCCGAGACUGUCGGGGUUCGAGCAACUCGACGGGCGAGUCAAGGAGCUGACCUCGUCGCAGGCAGAGUUGCUGGAGAGGAUCCAGAAGCUGAAACAGGAGGUGCAGAACUGGCGCUCCAAUGUAGAGACGCAGGUCAAGACAUGCCAGAGUGAACUCCAGGGUCUGAAGAAAGGACUCGACUCUGAAGUGGAGCAGCUGAAAUCGGAAAUGAAGGCGAUUAGAUCUGCAAUCCAGGAAGUGAAGGGCAAUCUACCUGCACAAAUUACAUCUUCAGAGACGAGCAAUAACGAUACAGAACAAGCCUGGCAGAUCCAAUACCAAGUACUGAAGGUUGCUACUGAUGCUAGUAUGGAAGAACAAACAGGAACACAAGCGUGA